AUGAAACGAAGACCUGAUUCUGGACUCGUCACCCCAGGCUCGAAAAGACAGUCUCGACAAGACCCCGUUUCCUGCGAGUCCUGUCGAAAGAAGAAGCUAAAGUGCGACAGAGAGCUUCCAUGCAGUAGCUGCUCUGCGCGGAGACUGGAGUGCAGUUAUGGCAGCUACGGCUCGGGGACAACACCUGUGCAAUCCAUGGCCCAAACAGAUCAGAGGCCCAGGUUGCACAGUCGCGUGUCUGAACCACCUCGGACCUUGCAAUGGACUCCGCGACAGGACACGGAGACCCAAAGCCACAAUGGAAACGAGUCCCUUUUGACAGCCGAUUGGCUUGAGACCAUCGUUAUGGGACACCGCGUUCCGAGUGCAGUUCCUGCCACGCUGAGGACCAUGCUCUCCCAGAACCGGGAACCGGACCGCUCGCCUUCACACCAAAAUACCACACCCGACGAUCGGUUUCCUCCGACGCGCGAACGGCUCGCAUCUCGCGAGAAUCCGGCGACUAUCCAUCUGCCAUCGUAUCUACCACCGCUAGCAGAAGCCCUGAGUCUAUUUCGGUAUUAUUGCAAAUACCUGGACUGCCAGUAUCAUCUCAUCAUACCCAGUCAUGUAGAACAACAAAUCAAGACGAUCUACGAGCAUGUUGCGAGAAAUGAGCUUAUCAAUUUGUCCCAUACUGCGCUACUGUUCGCUAUCACUGCUGCCGCCCUGUAUUACCAACUUCUGAUAGAAUCGCCUGAGCAAGCAGAGCCAUUCAGUCAGGAAAGUACAUUUUUGGCAGGAGCCGCAUUGAUUCAGAGCAAUUAUAUCCCUUAUCCCAGCCUCGAAGGACUGCAAGCAACUAUGGUCAUUGGUCAUCAUUUGUCCAAUAUGAACGUACCCUCCUCCGUCAGUCCGUUAUUUGUGCAUAGGUCAUUUGUGAGCCAAGCCACCAGUAUGGGGCUUCAUGUUGUGGAUUGUCCUCGCGCAGUUACCGAGCGCUCAGCAACUGAGUUUAACAGAACCAAUGUUGAACUCAAACGACGGCUGUGGUGGGACUUGGCAACAUACGACUGGUUGAUAGGCUUUUUGAGCGGACCACAAGAGUGGACUUAUUCGAUCCAUCCUGAGCAUAUGGUUGUACAACAGCCUCUUAAUGUUGAGGAUGAGGACAUUGACCAUAGCGAGAACGGUGUUCCUCUGUCUACUCCUACCGCAAUGACAUACAGUCUAUGUCGGUCGAAGUUGGCUGUUGUGUGUCGCCAAAUAGUGGACGAAAUGGCAUACUACCAUUUCCAUGAACAAGAGGUACCCUAUGAGAAGAUACUUGAGCUCGAUCAAAAGCUUCACAAGAUAUGCGCCGAGCUUCCCAGUUUCUUUCGCUUUGAUCAAACCUCUCGGCGUGAAUACUCAGCCCUAUAUCGUGAGCGACCAACUCUUGCAUGGCAGCGAGCUCUGGUGCAACAGGGCUACCAUUCACGGCUCUGUCGGUUGCAUCGCCACUACUUGGUGCGUGGAGCAAAGGAUCCCAAAUAUUCCUAUUCGCAUGUCGUAGCUCUUCGAUCUGCGCGCAAGGUGCUUGAAGUGAAACGCAUCAUGGAUGAGGAAGACCCUGUGUUCACACCGCACAGCUCAGUUAUAUGGGCAGUCAUGCACCACGUGUUCAUGGCAGCUGCCAUUCUUCUAAUAGAUGUUUGUUUCAACUGGGAUGACAUUUUAGCCGAGAAGCGAAAAGAGGAAGUACUCGACGCCUGUCGGAUGCUCAGCCGGGCACAACAAUCCUCACCCAUCGCGCGUGAAGGAAUCAAGGCUAUGAUGGGAAUCUUACGAAAACAUUGGAAACACGAAAAAAGAGUAAGCUCUCGCGACUUGCAGGAGCCUUCUGUAUCUUCGAAUUCAAAUUCUGCAACUCUCAAUGCCUCACAGCCGGGUAUCCCCACGCCUGCUUCAUUGGAUCCCAAGAGCGUCACAUUUCCUUCAGAAAUUUCCAAUGGUCAAUCGACGGUGUACCCUUCAGAGUAUUCAUUGCUUAGUCCAUUGCCUCUUGAAGACUUAUGGGCGGAGAUGUUAGAGAGCAGUGCUAAUGUUGAGCUGAGCACACCAGACUGGACAGACUUGCUUACCGAGUUGACAAAUGUUAGUUUCCCAAGCGAGUAA